AUGGCGAAAGACUCUGGAAAACUAAAAGUGUUGUUCGCAUUACAAGAUGAGUGCAAAAACAAUUUGGUGAAAGCGGAAACAAAUUUCAAGAAAUCACCUAGAGAUAGGUUAAAAAGACCAUAUUUGGAAGCUAGACUGGAAUCGCUAGAGAGUUUAUACUAUAGCUUCAAGGAAGGUCAUAAGGCAAUAGUGUCCGAAACUUUGACGGACCGCAACCACCCGUACUUCAUUGAAGAUAAAUAUGAAAAUUUCGAGGAACUAUACAUUCAUGAUGAGCUACCGACCUGGGAACAAUUACGAGAAUAUUUAGAGAGCAGAUUCAGGUCUUUAGAGAUGAUUGAUACAAAUGUGACACGCACCACACCAGCACGCACCACACCAGCUGCUAAGCCUAAAGCUUUUCAUGCUUCUAUUGAGAACAAAUCUACACAACUCAGCACACCAUCGUGGUCAGAUAUUGAUAACCUACCAUUGGCUGACCCCACCUAUGCAACGCCAGGGAAGAUAGAGGUCUUACUUGGAGCAGACGUUUAUAGUGAAAUAAUACUGGAAGGAGUAAUCAAGCAGACUGAAGGGAGCCUGAUGGCGCAAAACACAGUAUUCGGAUGGAUAAUAUCAGGGAAAGUGACACCAGAGCCCGGUGAGUCAUCACAAGCUAAUUUUACGAGCAUGCACAUACAUAUUGAGGAGGAUGACUUAUUGAAGAAGUUCUGGGAAAUGGAGAAUGAGCCUAAUACAAUACAAAAGGAAAUGACAGAGAGCGAAAAGUUAUGUGAAAAGAUAUUUGAAGCAACAACAGUGAGAGAUGAGGAAGGAAGAUUUGUUGUGAGAUUGCCAUUUGCAACGGAUGAUCCUAAAAGUAAAUAUGGUCAUUCUGAAGAGAUUGCUAUCAAAAGAUUGGAGUCAUUAGAGAGAAAAUUAUCGAGAGAUCCUAAGCUGAGAGAAGAAUACAACAAAGUGUUUCAGGAGUAUUUGACUUUAAAUCAUAUGAGACCGGUUUACGAACAUGAGUUGGAGAAUAACAAGGCAGUGUAUCUUCCUCACCAUGCCGUGAUAAGAGAAGAUAAGGAGACUACAAAACUACGAAUCGUGUUUAACGCAUCGAGUAAAGGAGACAACAAUGUAUCACUCAACGAUGACCUACUUGUUGGUCCCAAAUUGCAACAAGAUUUAAGACAUAUUCUGAUGAGAUGGAGAAACCAUAAGAUAUGUCUUAUCGCGGAUAUCGUCAAAAUGUAUAGAAUGAUCUGUGUAGCGGACGAGCAUACAGAUUUUCAGAGAAUUGUAUGGCGAUUCACUUCAAAUGAACCCAUCCAACACUUCAAGUUAUUACGCCUGACGUUUGGUACUGCAUGCGCGCCGUAUCUGGCAGUCAAAGCUUUACAGAGCCUAGCCAAGUUAGAGGAAGAUAGGUAUCCGCUAGCAGCCAAAUUAACUAAGACAGAUUAUUAUAUGGACGAUCUAAUUACUGGAGCAAACACAGAAAGUGAGGCAUUACAAAUAUACGAUGAGAUGAAUAGGUUAAUGAAAUUGGGUGGAUUCAAACUUCAAAAAUGGAAUAGUAACUGUGAAAACAUAGUAGAGAAAAUACAAGAUAAAAAUGAGCAAAAUGGUAAGCAAGUAACACCUAUUAAAUUGAACAAGACCAUCAAGGUCCUUGGAGUGAGUUGGUGCAGAAUAACAGACAAUUUUGUGUACACAGUGGAGUUACCAGAUCCCAAGGAACCGAUUACCAAAAGAAAAGUGUUAGCUGAUGUAGCAAAGCUUUACGACCCAGAGGGCUGGAUUGCUCCAGUCGUUGUUAACGCCAAGAAAUUUAUACAAACACUGUGGAAAUCAGGACUAUUGUGGGAUCAAAGCUUACCUGAGGACAUCCUGAGUGAAUGGUUGGAGUAUAGAAGUAGCUUGGCAGAUUUGAGGGAACUGAAAAUACCAAGAUGGUUUAACGCUACACCAGGUUCUAAACAGGAAUUACACGUGUUUUCAGAUGCUUCCAAAUCAGCCUUCGCAGCUGCUGUCUACAUACGAGUCACCGAUGAAUCAAACAAUGUUCAUGUUCACCUGGUAACGGCAAAAACCAAAGUGGCCCCAAUAGAGAAGGAAAUCACGAUCCCGAGGCUGGAGUUGUGCGGUGCUACCUUGGCGACCAAACUCAUAUGGGAAGUAUCGCAGGUUAUGGAGAUACCCAAAGAGCAUUUGUUUGGCUGGACAGACUCCACGAUCGUGCUCGCAUGGCUGAGAGGAGGCGCAUCUCGGUGGACUACAUUUAUAUACAUCAAGGAAGAACACUCCAUUGAUGGGUCUUCUUCCAGAGUCAAGAUUAAAACCGAGUAA